UUAACAUUAGCCUGAAAUCUGGCAUGUAAAUCUUUUCAGGUAUAGAAUUUCCCAGAGUUAUACGCGCAUUUCCAAAUGUUCGGCAACACCUGAUGAUUUUCAAGCUUAGUCGUGACCGUUUUUUUUAAACAUUCUGGCCGGAUGUUUUGACGCGAUAUCCGAGCGUUGCCGGCGAUGUAGCGGCCAGCGAAUCUUCAAGCAGGAAAAAGCGCCAACUUCUGUUGUACCGUCUGAAUUGUUAAACACUCCGUAAAGCAUUUCGAGACGGGAUGUUUAAUGGAAAAUAUUAAACUUAAACUGGAAUGAAGCAUUCGGUGAGGUGCGCUGUUGCGUCUCAGUAGGAAUUUAAAAGAAAAAUCGCCCUCAAGGUACCGGGAGGAAAGAUGCCAGGUCUGCAGGGUGAAAGUGUGGUAUCAGCGGCUCCGGGGAGCCCAGUGAAGAAGAGUAAACUCUCUCUGAAGUUCUUCCAGAAGAAGGAAACCAAGCGGGCUCUGGAUUUCUCGGAACCUCAGACAGAAGAACCCAAAACAUGUGAGCCAGAGGAGCAUGAGGCAAGCAGCUGUGAUCAGGUGGUCCCGGGGCCUUCUCAGUGUCCUUCCUCACCCAGCCUCCUCCUGUCCUGCGAGAAGAGAGAGAACUUGGUGCCGUUCGUGGGGCUCAACAAUCUGGGCAAUACCUGCUAUUUGAACAGCAUCUUACAGGUUCUUUAUUACUGCCCAGGCUUCAGAGAAGGCAUAAAGAAGCUUCACGAUCUCUCCAUCCAGAAGGAGAAACCCAAGGAAGAAACUGAGAAAAGCGAAGAGCCACACUGUCAGCAGUCAGACGGUGUGUCGGAGGCUCUGCCAGCUCACAUCGAGCUUCUUGGGAGCUUCAACACUUUGAUAACUGCAGUGGAGCAGCUGCAGUCUAGCUUCCUGCUUAAUCCUGACAGCUUCACCGAUGGAGAGCUAGCCACACCACCGCGCAAAAUUCUGCACACGCUCAGGCAGCUGAACCCCAUGUACGAAGGUUAUCUCCAGCAUGAUGCUCAGGAAGUUCUGCAGUGCAUCCUGGGAUAUAUCCAGGAAGCCUGUGAUACUAUCAGGAAAGAGCUGAAAGUAGAAGGCGAGGAGGAGGAUGUGUCGGAAGUUAAACUCGAGAAUGGUCUCGAUUUGGGGUCCGGCGGCUCUGGCGCAGAAUCCAAAGCUUCCACGGAAGAGGAUGGUCAAGUUGCUGGGAAAAGAAAGAGCGACACAGAAGUGGGGAAUGCCAAGAAAAAAUCCAAAUCCCUGAAGUCUAAGAAAUCAGAUUCUGCAGAGGAAAACCUGAGUAGAAAUAGACCCCUUACUCGCUCCAAAAGGAAGUCCUCCAGUGAAAUCACCAUGGACAGCAGCAAGAAUAAAGGUGGAGAGGAGGCGGCAGGUGAGGAAGAGACGAAGAAACCAAAUGGGGAAGGAGGAAGCGACGAUGAGGGGAAAGGUGAGAAGACGUGUAAAGAGGCAGAUGGGAAGAGGAAGAAGAGAGCUAAGUUGAGCUGCCUGAGGCCGUCUGGAAAGCAGCCAAGUAUUUUCUCCAAGUUCCGCAGCGUGGGAAAGAUCAGCUGCACAACUGUGAAGAACCAAAACAAAACAGAGCAGGAAAAUGGAGUGACGCACGACGAAAGUGAGAAAAACCUUCAAGAGCCACCCAGCCAAAAUGCAUCCGAACACAGCAAGGCUCCUAAACAUCAAGCGGGCCUGAGCCUCAUGGAGCGUUUGUUCCAAGGUCGGCUGGUUCUGAGGACUCGAUGUCUGGAGUGUGAGAGCUUCACAGAGAGGAGAGAGGACUUCCAGGACAUCAGUGUCCCUGUGCUUGAUGACCAGCCCAGCAGCCCCGAUGACCUCUCUGAGGUCUCACCAGACCCUAAACCAGAGCUGAAGACUCUGAAAUGGGCCAUAUCUCAGUUCGCUUCGGUGGAGCGCAUUUUUGGGGAGGAUAAAUACUUCUGUGAGACCUGCCAUCACUACACAGAGGCCGAGAGGAGUCUGCUGUUUGACAAGACUCCUGAAGUCAUCACUAUUCACCUAAAGCGCUUCUCUGCCAACGGUUUAGAACUGGACCCAUAUGCUGGUCUUUCUAAAGUGAACACUCCCUUACAGACUCCUUUGACCUUAUCCCUUGAGGAGUGGUGUACCCAGUCCUCAUCCACUAAAGGUCAAAACUAUCAGCUGUUUGCUGUCGUCAUGCAUAGUGGUGUGACCAUCAGCAGUGGCCACUACACUGCCUACAUCCGAAUGUCUGAUUUAACAGAUGUGAAGAUCUGGCUGCAGGACACAAAAACUGAAGAGAAGGAGGAGGAGGACGAGGUGAAGGAAGACAAAGAAGGUGCUCUGGUGAAGGAGACGGUGCUGGACUACGAUGAUGGAGAGGUGUCUUUCAGCCUGAGUACGAGAGGACAGCGGCGCGAGAGUUUGGCAAGCAGCAAAUCAGGGAGCAAAAAGCUGUCAGAGGGGGGUGUCGGACUCUUGGGAGGCCAGAGGAGUGUGUCCAGCUAUGACCUCGGGAACAGCAGCAGUAAACACACAGAGAAAGCAGCUAGCAGUGGUUCGACGGAGGGUUGUAAUAGGAGAAAAACCAUCAACAUUUUGAGCCAAAACACUGAAGCUGGACUUAAAAAAGAGCCCGAGGCAGUAGAGGAGACAUCGCAGGCUUCCUGUGGCAGCACAGAGACCAAAGAGCAGAAGGCUUUAAAUAGCCUCUUGGAAUAUGAAGGGAAAUGGCUGCUGUUUGAUGACUCUGAGGUGCGUUUGUUUGAGGAGGACGACUUCCUGCGAGCCUGUUCUCCUGAGACGUGCUGCUCAUCAACCCCUUACCUGCUGUUCUACAGAAGGAUGCCUGAACCUGGACACUGAAAUAGACAGACCUUACAGGAAACUGAGCUCCCAGGCAAAAGACAGAUGGAGUUUUUGCAAUACUUCAAACAGUGCCAGACACACUGUGACUGCCACAUUUACACUGAAACUGAAGUGACUUUUCAGCCAAGGAAAACUAAACCUGCAACAGCCCCACGGUGGGAUCAAGGCGCUUCCGCCUUCUCAUCCACUCAUGUGCAGGUACUCUAAACAGAAACGCCCAGUUGGGGUCAAAGUUUGUUUUGUUUGUUUUUUUUUUAACGUUAGGGAUGAUUGGUUGUGUAUUUUUGUUUUUUUGGUCUUUCUUCAAUGUUGACUUUGUAUUGUUUGUUUUUUACAAAAUGGCAAAGCACGUUGAACUAAAAUUGAAUUAAGUAAAAAUGUUGAAAACUGACUUCCCCCCCUGGGCGCAGCAGUCUGUAUUCUGUUUGAAUUUGAAAAUGUUCUCAUGUUAUUUUUUCAGUUUAUCAGAAAAGCUUUUACCCUGAAGCUUUUCUCAUCAACUGAUCCCUUGUUUUGUGAGGGUUUUUAUAUAGAAACCUGUACAAUUUAGCUGUAUAUCUGAAGCCUCAAACUGAUGUCAUUUAUACAGUGAAACCGACAGAUUCUCAGAAACUCAUUUAGUUACAACAGAUAUUUACAACAAACACUCAGCUGUCUAAUAAUAAUUAAAAAGUUUCUACAUGCUUCGUUGACACUAGUUUAUGCAGUCAACAGUUUCAGGCUCAGAUGUCAGAUUUGUCAGAGUGAAGGACGCAAUUUGAUUUUAUCAGUGAACUAUCAGGUUUUUAUAAUAUACAUUUUACAAUGUUAUGGAAAACUGCUUGUUUGAUAUUUUACUAUAGAGCCCAACCGAUUUAAUGUGAGCACGAUUGAUAUCUGUAUAGUCUGACCACCAGAGGGCGUGCUGCAGAUUCUCUGUGGCAGCUCGUGAUUGGGAUGCCACAAAUGUGAAAGGCUCAUUGAACAGAAUCGGGUGGAGCAUAAACAAUAAUUAACUACAUAUAACAAAUGUUAGAGAAUUGUUUGUUUUGUGUAUCUGAAAUAAAUAUUAGAAUAUGAGACUUUUAAAUGACCAAAUAUCGGUCUGAAAACAGUCAGUCUCUAAUGUAGUGUACAACUGUCAAGUGAGAUGUUUGCACUAGUCAGGAUUUUAAGAUCUGAAUCUCUAAUUUAAAACUCCUUAAGCUGUAGUUCAGUUUUAUGCUGCAAGGAGGGUCAAAAAGCACAGUAUAAAUAUCAUUAUAUACAGUUCAUGGUUAUUAUGGGGAGGAAAAACUGCCCACUGAGACCAUGAUUUAGCUUAUGACCUACCUCCAUUCUUCUUUUAAAAGAGAGAGAGAACAGUUUUUAAAGUUCAUUAGAGAUAAAAUAACAAAGUUAAGACUAAAACCGGACUGAUGGAAGUUCUCAAGCAGCGAAUAUUCAGUUUUGUACUUGCAUAUUGCUGGUUUUGAAAUCUAUAUGUAUGUCUAUAUCUAUAUUUAGAGAUGUAUAUACAUAUCUAUAUUUUGAUCUAUUAAAACAAAUCACCAUCCCUCUGAUUAAACCUAUGUAAUAUCAAGUUUUGUCUCAUGACAGAUUUAAGAUACUAUAGUUGAAGAAAAAAAUAGAUUUUCCUCUUUUGCAUUAAUAUGCUCCAUAUCUGAUCUAACAGCCUAGACACAAAACAUUUUAACUUGAUGUGGUAAGUUUCCUGUUUAUGAUGGACUGAGUCUUUUGUGACAAUUUAUUGAUUAGUCAUGCAUAGCAGAUGAUAGAUUUUUUGGGGGGGGGGGGGGUUGCAUCAAUUGAGCUUUAAAAACUCAGUAAAGGUAACUUUGUUCAUCUCAGGUCUAGUGAUGGUUUCAGAGAUUUACUUGGGUCUGAUGAGCUGUCUUUCUAAGUAUUACAAACCCUUUUCACCUGUCUUUCAAAGAUGAGUUUAUUAUUUAAAGUGAAAUGCUUGGUUAAAAGCACCCUUACUGUGUUGUUGUGUCCUUUUUAACUGUACCAUUCCAGUUCUCAUUAUGCGGAAGUGGCAUAGCGGGGUUUCAGAGUGAAAGCAAUAAAGUUUUUACCUUCACACCA